AGGGGGCACGAAGGCCGGGACCUGCAUCCGAAGCGGGCGGGCAUCCAGCCCGCUUUCAGCACAGCCUUCUUCACACCCUUCGGCGCAAUCUCCGUUAGUCGUCAGAGGAGACAUUUCUUGAGGAGGCAGCUCAUUUUGCUGGGUUCCUCGGGUGACCCUGGUGGACAGGUUCCUCUGCACGCCCUGUCGUCAGGUACAACCUGUUUGAUCGCACUGCUGUCAGAUAAAGAACUCAUAGUGGCCAACGUUGGUGAUUCGCGAGGAGUCUUGUGUGACAAGGAUGGGAAUGCUAUCCCCUUGUCACACGAUCACAAGCCCUACCAACUGAAAGAGAGGAAGAGGAUUAAAAGAGCUGGUGGAUUUAUCAGCUUUAAUGGCUCCUGGCGCGUUCAGGGGAUCCUGGCCAUGUCCCGCUCGUUAGGAGAUUAUCCUCUGAAGAACCUGAAUGUUGUCAUUCCCGACCCCGAUAUUCUUACCUUUGACCUGGACAAACUGCAGCCAGAGUUCAUGAUCUUGGCGUCGGAUGGUCUGUGGGAUGCUUUCAGCAACGAGGAAGCUGUCCGAUUCAUCAAGGAACGCUUGGAUGAACCACACUUUGGUGCAAAGAGUAUAGUUCUACAGUCCUUUUACAGAGGAUGUCCUGAUAAUAUAACAGUGAUGGUGGUGAAGUUCAGGAAUAGCAGCAAAACAGAAGAACAGUAA